AUGCCCAACAAGUGGCAGGAUUUUGUGGUUGCCUGGAACCUGAAGCUUCCAGCAAAACUGGGGGUGAGAGAGGGCAGCCAGGCAGUCAUUGUAGCCCAGCAUCCACCUGCUGUCACUGCCUGCCUGCACCCCUGGAUGCCUGUGCACCUGUCCAGUGGUUCCACCACUCCCAGGGUCUUUGCACUGCUGCCUGAGUGGCUGAAGCCUAGGACACCCAGGGACGGUAGCCACAACCUCAGAAUGCCUAGGGAGUCAGAGACUCAGGGCGCCCAGGCUGCAGAUGGCAAAACCGCAAAAACAGAGAAACUGCUGAAACCGCCGAAACCGCCAACCGGGCGGCACUGGAGGUGCAGGGCAAGUCCACCAAGACCAGUCAAAAAAGAAAUAAUUGCUAUGGAGGACCAUGAUGACUUAAUGCUGUCAUCUGAAAUAAGCUCAGAGAACUGUGAGGUGACUGAUGCUGACUAUGAGACUAUUUUGGUUCUAUUAGAGAAACUUGGGAUGGAGUGUAAAGAUUCUGGUAGUUUAUUGAAAAUCCAGGAUACAGUCCAUUCAUAUAAAAAAUUAAUACAUCUUAAAAGUAGUCACUGUGAAGUACUUAACAGAAAAAUUAAAAAAAUGGAAAAAAUGAUUAGUGCAUUACAAAAGGAGCUAUCAGAAACUGAGCAAGAAAAACUAGAACAAGAAAAAGAAGUCUGCAAUUUGAGAUUUGCCUUAAAACACGAAGAGGAGAAAAGAAGAAAUGCUGUUUGGCUUUGUGAAAAAAUUAAGGAACAGUUAAUAGAAAAAGAAGAGGACUAUAAUAAAGAAGUUGAAAUGAAACAACAACUUGACAUGUGUGUUAGAACACUGGAUAUGGAGCUGAAGACUGUGAGAAAUAAUUUAACUAAGGCUUUAGAGGAACGAAAUGAUACCCAGAGAAAGCUUUCCCAAGAACAGAAUGCCAGAAUAUUACAAGAUGAGAUUCUGGCAAAUCACCUCUGCAAGGAAAAGGAGAUAGAAAUGGAGACAGAGAAAAUGAGUGCUGAGCUGCAAGAAUUAUGGGAUCUACAGACAAAGACUGGACAACAUGCUGUGCAGAUGCAAGAACGUGUGAAAAAGCUUCAACUUGAAAAUUACAAGUUAAAUACUACAAAACAAAAGGGAAAAACAAAAAUUGAAGAACUGAAGAAAAAUUUGUUAAGUAAAAGUGUGGUAAGUCCUUCCACUUGUAAAAAACUGGAAAUUGCAUCUUUAAAAUGUCUACAUCUAGAAAAAGAAAAUCAACGUCUUCAUCAGGAGUUACUGUCUGAAACAACUGCUAAAAAGGAUUGUGAAACACUAGAGAAGAAUAAUGACAUUGAAACAAAAGUGGUAAACCUCAAAACUUAUAUGAAAAACAAUAUGUUAGAACGUGGUCAAGUAGAACAAUAUAAGCAGAAUAUUGAAGAAGGAGCAAAACGGGAUUUAGUAAAAAAAUUGAGACAAGUCAAUCUAUUUUUGCAGACACAGGCAGCAUGUCAAGAAAAGUUAGAGCAAUUCAGAGAGACACAAAAUGCUUCAACAAGAAGUCACAUGGAACUCAGAAUUAAUUUAGAAUCUGAACUGUCUACAAUGAAAAGUCAACUGGACUUUAGUAAAAUGGAGGUUGAAAACUAUAAGCAACUCUACCUAGAAGAAGUCAAAAUUAGAAAAUCACUGUCAAACAAACUACACAA